UAACAUCAAGACAUACCCGGUGAAAACAUUCACUUGUGGAAAGCAUUAUUCGGUGCUUUUAGUUGGACCACCUCAUUUUAGAACCCACUCAGAAGAGAGAUUAAAAAAAGAAUUAACCCCAACUUCAAAGUGAGGUUUUUUGAUGGGGAAGAUGGUGGAAUUUGGAGUUGUACUGUGUGUUCUGUUUGUUUUGAGUAAAUGGGGAGCUGAAAGUUCCGAACUUGAUGCGUUUUUCAGUAGGAAUAGCAGCUCAGAUGUAUCGUUCUUGGAGUCUAUGUCUCGUUUGGAGUCUGUUUAUGGUGCGGCUGCUGCUGCUGUUCCUCCAGAUGCUCUCAUGGUGGGCCUCUCUCUUAUUCAGGGAGCUGCUGCUAAAGGAGCUGUAUGUUUGGAUGGCACGCCACCAGGCUAUCACUUGCAUCCUGGGUUUGGGACGGGAGCAGAUAGUUGGCUCAUCCAGCUAGAGGGUGGAGGCUGGUGCAACAACUUAAGAUCAUGUAUUUACCGCAAAACAACACAUCGUGGAUCAUCUACAUUAUUCGAGAAGCAAAUUCCAUUUACCGGGAUACUCAGUAACAAGGCUGAAGAAAAUCCCGACUUUUUUAACUGGAAUAGAGUAAAGAUUCGCUACUGUGAUGGGGGUUCUUUCGCUGGGGACAGUGAGAAUAAGCAAGCAGGUUUGCAGUUUAGGGGGAAACGCAUAUGGCUGGCUGUAAUUGAAGAUCUGAUGUCAAAGGGAAUGCAAAAUGUGAAUCAAGCUCUUCUUUCUGGUUGCUCCGCUGGUGGUUUAGCUUCUAUAUUGCAUUGUGAUGGAUUUCAAGGUUUAUUUCCUGUAAGCACUAAAGUGAAGUGCCUGAGUGAUGCCGGAUUAUUCAUGGACGCUACCGAUGUAUCUGGUGGACACACACUGAGAAGUUUCUUUGCUGGCGUCGUUAGCUUGCAGGGCAUUGAAGAAAAUCUGCCAAGCACUUGCACCGACCACUUGGAUCCUACUUCGUGCUUCUUCCCUCAGAAUCUGAUUGCCAGCAUUAAGACCCCUUUGUUUAUUCUUAAUGCUGCCUAUGAUUCAUGGCAGGUCCAAGAAAGCUUGGCUCCUUCAACUGCUGAUCCUCAAGGCAGCUGGCAUGAUUGUAAAAUGAAUAACGAACGAUGCUCCGCAUCACAGAUCCAAUUUCUACAGGAUUUUAGGAAUCGUAUGCUGAGUGCAGUCCAAAGCUUUUCAGAAUCGAGUCAGAACGGGUUAUUUUUAAAUUCUUGUUUCGCGCACUGCCAGUCAGAAAGGCAGGAUACUUGGUUUGCUUACGAUUCUCCCACAGUUAACAACAGGCGCGUUGCGCUAGCUGUUGGAGAUUGGUACUUCGAUCGAGCUACUAUCCAGGCUGUCGACUGUGCGUACCCGUGCGAUACAACCUGUCACAAUCUGGAAGAGAUUCAUCCAGCUAUUGCAGCCUCAAAUGGAAUCGAUUUGGGAAGAAGCAAGGUGAUCCCACAUCAGAUGAGUUUUUCUGUAUUCAUCUUAUUGUACCUACUCUAGAUUGUAUGACAAAACUGUUAUAUUGCGAUAUGGGCUAAGUCGAAGUAAUUUAUACUAAUGUGUAUAAUUAUUAUAUAUAAUAUUUUGAUAUACAUCUAUUUCAAACUA